GUACUGCAUCGGAUGGCACCGAGGUUACAGGAAAAAUUCGUAUUCCUGAACUUCAAGGCACAGAAGGGGAUUGUGAGUUUCAAAUUAGUGUUGACGAUGAAACUAGUGAUAAAGAACUCAUUAAGGAAGUAAUCCGUAAUCAUCUGACUCCUUUGAUAAGCGAAAAGUUUAAGAAUUUUGGCAAAGAUAUGCUAGAAAACGUUUAUAUUGAACCUUCUCAACUUGGUGAGUCUACUCCACCACGAUCUGCAACGCCAAUUGAGCCUGCAGGAACUUCUCAAUCGCCGGCUCCUAUCUCCACUUCGAUUGGAUCCACAUCUACAGCGAGCACUACCAAACCCAAAUUCGUGAACACCACUACAAUUAAAGAAACAGUCGAACUGCAAACUUCGGCAGACCAAGUCUAUGAAACUUUACUCGAUUCGGGUCGCGUUGCUGCCUGGACGAGAUCAAGGCCUGAUAUCUUUCGACAUACUGGAAGCACUUUUAGUUUAUUUGAAGGAAACAUUACUGGAACCAUUCUAGAACUAGUGAGUCACUUUUCAACGGUCACUCUGGAAUUUGAACAAACAAGCGAUUAUACCCUUGUCAAUGUCACUCAAAAAGGCGUUCCCGUUGGUGAAGAAGAAAUUGUCAAACAAAACUGGCAAAAUUAUUAUUGGAAUCCCAUUAAAAGCGUUUUCGGGUACGGAUCAAUCUCUCAACCAAUUAAAACACCUCGUAAAACUAAAAAUAGUAACAAGCGUAGGAAUAUUAGUAACGAGGGUGGUGGUUCUAAUUAUAUUAUUGUGGUGGCUAUUGUACUGACUGCUAUUGUUUUGGGGUUUGCGUUUUCAUCACGUUCGUAG